UGGCGGCACUCACUGGGUAAUAGUUUAUCAACUGGUAGGUAUUGAAUACAAUACUUUUAUCACUACUAGACACAUUUAUAAUGAAGUAUUGGUGUUUCUUUGUAAAAGAGGUAAUGUUAUUAUAGGUGACAGUGACAGUUUUUGCCAUUCCUAAUGUUUGAUCAUUCAUUAUCAUUCCACAAAUUUGCCUUAAUGUUUAUCCAAAAUCUCAGGUUGGCUGUGACAGCUGCCUCAGAUGGUUCCAUCAGUGUUGUUCUCAAAUCCAACUGACAGGAAUAUGUCUGUGCUGCCUGCCGUAAACAGCCCUGAUCUGUUUUCAUGAUCAAGCCACAAACUUGUUAAAACUCUUAUUUAAAUUAUCACAAUUUGUGUCUUUUUUUCUACCUUUUGUUAAAUAUAUCAUUAUAGUUUUUUUGUUUAAAAUAAAUGUGAUGGAACCAAUCAAAAUGUCAUCAUUUUUUAUAUGUUUUUCACUAGCCAGUCACAUAGGGAAGGUCCAGACUUGGCGUACUAAAACCAAGCACCGUACAUUGCAAGUUAGAAGAUACUAACUAGGCUGUGGGAAGCAGGAUCUAUAAAAUUGAUAUGAUUGUAAACACAAAACAGUUGUGUGGCAAGUAGUUUACUGAGAGGGAAAUAGAAGUUGAAUUCUGGUAGGAGGGACCUGUGAGCAGGGGCCUUUUUAGAACUUUUUUAGUAAGUAGCCUAUAAUAGCAAGUAGCCAACAACGUAAUCAAGAAUCAGAAGAUAUUAGUUUUACUAAAAGUGAUAUGUACAAAUGAAUACAAAGAAGGAUUGCUCGCUUUAACCAGACAGUGACAAUGAUAACAGCAGUGUUUCCCACACAUAGACUAUUUCGUGGCGGUGCGCCACAGGUUAAACACCGGCCGCCACACAUUGAGUUUCGUUUUUUUUACGCUAUUACGUACACGCAGCGUACUCGUUCAGUUGCAUUUCCUCUCCCUCAGUGUCUGUCACUCACGCGUCUCACAUACAAACGCACAAACAGCCCCUCCCCUCCGUGCACACCACGUCUGUCUCGCGUGUCAUGAAAACGAGAUCAUCCUAUUUGGCCUAUUUGGUGCAGAGAAGACGGCUGGCGAAAGUUUACGAAAGCAGACAGGACUUUGGCAACAUCCAAAGGCACCAAACACAGGGGCACUGGAUUCAACCCUGAGUGGUUGAACAUGCUUCAGUUCAAGCCAUGGUUGUACCACACACAGCAUGGGAUGUUUUGUAGACUGUGCAGGCAUCACAAGCCUGCACCCAAGAAAGGUGCCACAAAGAGGGCUUUUGUUGAGUUCGGGGCCAAUACCUACAGGCAAGACUAUUUGGAGCGGCACAUCACCAAAGAGCACCACCAGGAAAGCAUCAGAUGCCAGGCAUCACUUGCAUCCGGUGUCUCUGUAAUGGACUCGUUUGAGCCUACUAUUGUGCUAGAGCACGAGGCCGUCAUUGGUGGCUUCAAGUGUCUCUAUUGGCUGGUAAAAAAUGAAAAGGCCCACCACACCAACUACUCAAAGCUUCUGAGCCUGGCAGAGCUUUUGGGCUGUGAUUACUUUAAGAAGUUAAAGAUUGACCACAGGAACAAUUACAGGUCUCAUAGAAUAAUUGAUGAGAUGCUUGAGAUUUUAUCUCAUGAAAUUGAGGAGCCUAUUCUGAUGGCCAUAAGAGCAUCACAGGCAAUUAGCCUGGAAAUAGACGAAAGCACAGAUGUGUCUGUGUCCAGGCAGCUCGAUCUGCAUGUCAGAUACAUGGAUAAAGAGGGAAAAGUAGUGAACCAAUUUCUGGAUCUUGUCACUGUUCCGGAUGGAAAAGCUGACACCAUUGUGUCAGCUGUUAAAAAAGUGCUACUAGAGAAAGGUAUCCCAACAGAGAGGCUGUAUGGGCUCGGGACUGAUGGGGCAGCCGUAAUGACAGGGCGUUUGAAUGGGGUUGCAAAGCAGCUAACUGACAGCUUCCCCAAACUUGUGACCGUGGCCUGUGCUGCCCACAGACUGGCCCUUGCCUGCAAAGAUGCAUCAAAUGAUGUGAAAUACAUGGCCACUUUCAGAAACCACUUGCAGGACCUCUACCUGUAUUUUAGAAACAGUGCAAAUCGUACUGCCACUCUCAAGGCUGCAUCCAUAACCCUGGGUGUCAGUGACUUGAAGCUUAAGGAAGUGAAGGACACACGCUGGCUCUCACAGCACAAGGCCAUUGAGACCCUACAGAGGAACCUGAGUGCCGUCCUUGGAGCCUUGGCAGAGGAGGCAGAGGUGCGCAAAUGUCCUGGGGCAAAGGGACUCUACACAUUCUGUGCUACGUACAGAUUUGUGGCUGCCGUGUACCUCCAGGCCGAUGUUUUGCCCCACCUCGCCUGCCUCUCUAAAAUCUUUCAGAAAGCACAUGUUAAUUUCUUACAUAUCAAAGAGCAGGUUCCUGUGACAAUCCAGACUCUAAAAAAUAUAAAUGAGGCUGGACAAACUCCACUCCCUGGAUCCUUCUUGUCUCGCCUCCAUGAGGAUCUUGAUGAUCCCCAAGGACUUGGAGCCUUUAACAUUCAGCACGAGGAGGAGAGGGAUAGGAGAGGGCGAGAGGUCCAAGAUGAGUCACGGGUGGGGAAAUGGGCCAGAUUCCAGCGAGAGAUCAUUCACCCGUACAUAACCGGCCUGGUAAAAAAUCUGGAGAAGAGAUUCCAUAAUCUGGACAUCCUUGGAGCCUUCCAUGUCUUGGGGCCACAGUCAGCUACUCUAAAAGAUGACACAGUGAAUAUCGCUCAUCUGCAGACUCUUUCAAGGAAAUGUUGCCCUCAACAUGAGAAGGAAGUAGUUCAGGAGUGGCUCUCGUUCAAGAACCAUGUCCUUACUGGGAUAUUCAAGAACAAGAACCAGGAGGAGCUCUUGAGUUUACUGGCAAGUGAAUUUGAUGAGUGGGCCAACCUCUACCCCUGCCUGAGCCUUCUUGCGAGCAUUGCUCUGGUUAUCCCUGUUUCCUCAGUCAACUGCGAACGGGAUUUCUCCACAAUGAACAGAGUGAAAACAGACCUCAGGAACCAACUACAGAGAGAACACCUGGCAGCUUGCCUGAGGAUCUCCAUCAAUGGACCAUCUCCUGAAGCCUUCCCGUAUAAUAGGGCAUUAGAAACUUUUUUUAGCAAGCCCCGCAAAAUACGUUGCUCCAACAAAAGUUGCAGACUUUGCUACAAGAAGUAGUAUAGGGUGUGACGUGUACUGUACUAAAGUUUAGGGAAGUUGUGUAUAGUGUGAAUAAUAUAGUUCUAUAUUUAGUGAUGUGUUUUUUUAUAUGACGAGGCCCCCCCCCCCCCCCCCCCCCCCCCCC